CUUAUAAAUAGCCAGCAUCUCUCUACCCUUUUCCUCAACACAAACCUCACAGAACACAACACAAGGCAACAUAAAAUUUCUAAACCCCUCAAAACACCCAAUGGCCGCCAAGCAAUUCUCUUUGGCUACACUUCUUCUCUCCAUUUCCCUCAACUUUUACUUUCUUCUCACCAAUGCCGACUACGGAGGUUGGGAUACCGCUCAUGCCACCUUCUACGGCGGCGGCGACGCUUCUGGGACAAUGGGAGGGGCAUGCGGGUACGGCAACUUGUACAGCCAAGGGUACGGCACAAACACCGCAGCGCUGAGCACGGCCCUGUUCAACAACGGACUGAGCUGCGGGGCAUGCUACGAGAUGCGGUGCAACGAUGACCCGAGAUGGUGCCUCCCGCACACCAUCACCGUCACCGCCACAAACUUUUGCCCGCCCAACAACGCCUUGCCGAACAACAACGGCGGCUGGUGCAAUCCGCCCCUCCAACACUUCGACCUGGCCGAACCUUCUUUCCUUCAAAUCGCUCAAUACCGAGCCGGAAUCGUGCCCGUUGCCUUCCGAAGGGUGCCUUGUGUGAAGAAAGGUGGAAUUAGGUUCACAAUCAACGGCCACUCGUACUUCAACCUGGUUUUGAUCACGAACGUCGCGGGUGCAGGGGACAUCCACGCGGUGUCGAUCAAGGGGUCGAGAACAGGGUGGCAGCCCAUGUCAAGGAACUGGGGCCAAAACUGGCAGAGCAAUUCCUACCUCAAUGGCCAAAGCCUCUCUUUCCAAGUCACCGCCAGCGACGGUAAAACAGUGACGAGUUUCGACGUGGCGCCCGGUAAUUGGCAGUUUGGCCAGACUUUCGAAGGGAGCCAGUUCUAGUCUUCUAGAUUCACUAUACCAUUGAAACGAGUUCGUUUUCUUCCGAGGCCAAUUAAGAUUUUAAGUGAAAUUUGUGGAUUUUUUUACACUUGUAAGAAAAGGGUUGGGUGGUGAACGUAUGUUUAGUGAGUUGGCCUUCCUAAAGCUGUGGUAGCCAAGUAGGAUGCGCCCGCGCUAGCUCGGCCUCUCACAUUUGAUGUAGUUUGAUGUAAUAUAAUAUCUACAUAGUCAUGUUCUGUUUUUAUCUUUAUAUAGUACCGGUAGCCUCGAUCGAUGUUCUGUUUUUAUCUUUAUAUAGUACCGGCCGGUAGCCUCGAUUGACUCUUAUAAUUAUUGUAGCUUGAUGUAAUAUAAUACCUACAUAGUCAUGUUCUGUUUUUAUCUUUA